CUUCAACUUAUAUAUAAUAAAAUAAAACCCUUUUUCUUGGACUGAAAUCUGUGAGGAGCGCCAAUGUCCACUGUCAAGGUUAAUCUUAAGAAUGCAAAGGAGAGCAUCGUCAAUAAGAAUUACGAUGAUGCGCUUAAAUGGGCUCAAAAGGUUCUUGACGCGGACUCGGAAAACUAUAAUGGGCUUAUAUUUUCAGGAAUAGCAUAUCAGAAUCUUAAACAGACCGCCAAAGGAGAAGAACAUUUUAAGAAGGCUAUUGCUGUCAACCCUGAACAUCCUUUGGCGCGCGAGGGCUUAAUUAAAUUCUAUGAGGAGCAGAAAAAAUUGCCGGAGCUCAUCGAUGCACUGGAGGAAAUACUUCAAAUUCAUUUAAAAACUUCGGAUGGAAAAAAGGCACUCUUGACGACAGAGAAAUUAAUUGAACUCUAUACAAAUGACGGUCAAAUGAACAAUGCAGUUGAAAAGAUUCGGGCACUUCUACCAGGAUCAAAACUCUAUGACAUCAUGGAGAAUAAACCCGAUCAGUUAGAGAUCCUAAAGAGAUUGGCAUCGUUUCAGGAAAGAACCGAUUCAGAAUUUUAUGAACGUGAAGUUAAACUUCGUCGUGGAAGACUUGGAGGUGGAACACAAGAACAAGUCCAGAACGCUGUCAGAAAGGAAUUGUAUAACCAAUCCGAGCUUGGAUCGACAUAUGAGACAAUUUUAGAAUUGGAUCCUGAAGGCAGUCGAGAUUUACAGCUGAAAUUACUUCAAUUCCUAAUCAACAAAAUGGAAGCCGUCGCAAUGGAUCAAAAGACUGCUGUUCGUGAGAAAGCACUGACGUUGGCAUCCAAUUUGAUCAAUUAUUCUCCAUCUUCAUUGUCAACAUCAUCACCAUCAUCAUCACCUCUCCCUUAUGAGCUGAUUUUAAAAUUCACAGACGCAAGUUCCCCCUCCGAUUACGAUACUGAUUUACAGGAGCAAUAUAUUACAAAAUAUCCCAACACUGGACUCUCCAAAAUGAUCCAAGCACAACUUCACUUCUCCAAUGGGGAACCCAGAGAGGAUCUGGUUGAGCUAUUGGAGGAGGGCUUCAAAUUAGAGCCCAAUUUGGCAUAUGGUUACCUUGUUAUCUGCUGGAUGGAUCACAAAACCAAUGAUUAUGAAGUCGGUUUGGAACAUGCCACUGCAGGUCGUGAUAUCCUUUUGAAACAAGCGGCCACAACAGGAUAUCCAUUUUCGAAAAUGCGGCGUUCCUUUGAGCUGUGCAUGGCUAACUGUCAGUUUAAAAUCAGCCCAAAACUGGCAGACAACGCUCUAGCACUCUUUCAAGGAAUCCUGGAUGCGGACAAAAAUAAUAUCGAAGCUCUUCAGGGUGUUGGAUUCGUACGAUGCAUGGAGGGCAAAUUUGAAGAAGCUAUACAGUCAUUUGAGUGUGUCCUUGCUCUAGAUUCAAAUAAUAUCCCUGCAAGAUCAGAGUUGGGAUGGAUCAGCUACUUGCAACAGGAUUACGACCAAGCAGAGGACAGGUUACGGGAAGUCAUAGAAAUGUCUGAAGACCCUCGUGCCUUGGAUUUAUACCGGCUAGGAAGGAUCUAUUAUGACAUGGGCGGUGAGUAUCGAGAAAACCCAGAGUACAGCCAUGCACAACUUAUUGCAGCUGCAAAGCUAGAUCCACGCUGCGCUGGUGCGUUCACUUAUUUGGGACAUUAUUACCGUGAAGUGGUCGAGGACGAAGUACGUGCCGAAAAGUGUUACCAACAUGCAUUUUCGUUGGAUCCUUGUGAAGGAGACGCUGGGCGUUUCCUGAGCGACUACUUGCUGAAUGGGGGAAGUCUGGAGGGCGCCAUUGAUAUCUAUCAACAAGUGAUUGAGGCAGAUGGUAAAGCCAAUUGGGCAUUGAACAGGCUGGGAUUCGCAGAGUUGAUGCGUGGUAACAAUAUUGAAGCUACUAAUGCGUUCCAGAAGCUGUUACGAAAUGAUAUUAAGAAUGCAUUGGCAUGGGAGGGUGUUGCAGAGGCUUAUCAGCAUGAAGGGCGUUACAUGGCAGCAUUGAAAGCCUUUACGAGAAAUCGAGAACUCAGUCCCGACUCCACCGUGGCAGAAUACCAUAUUGCUCGUGUUCAUCAACGACUCGGCAUGUAUCCAGAAGCAAAAGAACAUUACUCUCGUACUUUAGCGUUAGCAGAGAGGAACCAAGAGCCUAAGCAUGUGCCAUCGUUGAUGGGCAUGGCUGAAAGCUUUUUAGAGGAAGGAAAGGAGUUUUUCGUAUCGGGUUAUUAUGGACGGUCUGCAGAGUCAUGUGGACAUGCACUUGAGUAUGCCUAUCAGCUGCUACAAGAGAAUCCUAAUAUAGUUUCGGCUUGGAAACUCGUCGGGGAUGCUUGCCUUGCCUAUCGUCUCGUUCCUCGAUACCUCCGUCUUUGCCCACUUGAAACUCUCUCUUCUAUUCUUACUCUUCUACCCGAAGAUACGAAUGCUCUACUUCAUUUCCCAGCCAACCUUGAUGAGGAUCUUCUCAAAGUGUUGAAAACCAUAAACUGCUCGGAUCUUGUUGAUGCGACGACAGAAACGACCACUCAGAUAUUAGAUGCCAUCUUCACAGUCGCAGGGCUGGCUUACAAAAAAGCCAACAUCUUGAGCGGAAAUCAAGGCCAUUUAGCGGCUCAUUAUUGGUAUGACAUCGCUCUCAGCUACUAUUAUCGAUAUGAGAACACUAUCAAGAAAAGCCGUACUUCCGGGUCAGCUCAUUCUGGAAGUCAGUGGUUGAAUGUCACAAUACGGUGUUUGAAGGCUUCAUUGCAUUUUGAAGAGGAAAAUCCGAUUGUGUGGAAUGCGCUUGGUGUUGCUGCAUUGUCCACGAAUCCAAAGAUCAGUCAGCACGCUUUUAUCAAAUCCAUUGAGUAUGAUUCAAAGAAUGCUGCACCAUGGUCCAAUCUCGGAUUCUUGUAUAUUCUUAACUCGGAAUUGGAUCUUGCUCUGAAAGCAUUUAUUACUGCGCAGACACUUGAUCCAUCAUUGGCGGAGGCAUGGACAGGACAGGCAUGUGUUGCCAACCUUUGGGGAACGAACGAAGCAACAGGUCUUUUUGCUCAUGCCUGUGAAUCUAGUACGGCUUCAGUUUUAGAAGCAGACUAUGGUUAUGCCAUCAAUGCUUUCACGGAUAUGCUGUCUAGCUUCCACAAAGCCAGUGGUCCUGCCGGCCAAACGCCUUCCACCGGUGGUAGCGGUAUAAAGCGCAAAUCCCCUGUGAGUGCGGCGACACUGUUGGUGACACCAGCAUUUGCACUUUCCAAAUAUUUAGAGCAAAGGCCCAGAGAUGUUGCUGCCUGGAAUUUGCUAGGUCUGAUUCGAGAGCGAUUCUUGCAGCAAGAAGGGGCAGCUGAUUGCUUCUUGACUGCGAUUAGAAUCUUGGAUGAGGAAGAAGGUGAAGUGGACAAUAAUGUGGAUGCCGGAAGUAGUUACAGAAAGCGCAAGAUGAUACUGCUCCAUAAUUUGGCGCGUGCAUUGUUGUCGAUGCAGAAUUAUAGCGGUGCAGUGGAAGCGUAUGAGGCUUCACUUGAAUUGGAAGGGACGGAAGCAAAGCCCAAUGUGAUCAGGACAUGCAAGCAUUUAGGUGCAGGCUUGGCUCUCUAUUAUGCUGGGGAAUUGGAACGGAGUCUCUCAAUGUUUGAGAUUGCGCUAUCAGAAACAGAACAGGUGGAAGGGAUGGAGGGCUCAAGGGACGAUGUCGUGGUUCUGUUGAGUCAAGUGCUUUGGGCAUUAGGUGGAGAGGAGCAGCGAGCGGUGGCGAAGGAAGAGCUAUUCCGCUGUAUCGCUCAAUCGCCAACUCAUCUACCGGCGAUCUUUGGACUGGCCUCUAUGGGUCUUGUUCAAAAUGAUGAGACAUUGGCUACAGCCGCAUUGAAAGAGAUCCUUAAGUUUUCACGUCAGGAAUUGGCAGAAAUAGAUCCUGAGAUGCGAUCGGAUCGACUCUUGAGUCAGUACUUUUCGCUCUUGAGUGAAUUCAAGCUGUCGAUCGCAGCAUUGUCCAAAUCAGUGCAUCAAGCGCCAACGGAGGCAGCCCUCUGGAGGCGACUUUCUGAACACCUGUCGAUGACGAUCGGGACAAGUGGAACGAGUGCUUACUCUGUUGCACAGUCCAAUGCACAGGCAGCAUUGGAUCUGUUGAGGCAACAGGAGAGUCUACAGGCCUCAGACCUGAUGCAUGGGUAUGCACAAGUGGCAGGAACGAUGUUAUUGACAGAUCAGGAGCGACAACAGAAGGUAGCAGGAUGGAAGAAUGCCAAGAAGGAGAAAGUAGAGGAGGAGAAUCGUCAGAGCAUAGCAAGGGUUCGAGAAGCAGUAUCGAUGGCGCAGCGGGCGGUGAUGGCAGCACCCUGGGAAAGACAAGGAUGGCAGGUUGUUGGGGUGGCCACUGAAGCCUUAGUGGUGCGGUCAUGAGUUUUAAUAGAUUCGUUGGUUCAAUUAACCAAAAAUUUGUCAGGGUGAGUCCGCAUUGGCUAAUUCAGGAUUCAGGAUAAAAAUUAAAAUCAAAAAUAAAUGAAAAACAAAAACAAAAUAAAAAGCAG